GUUAGGGAAAAGAGGCUGACGCAAGACGGAAGUGGGGUGUGAGGCAUCUCUAAGGGCGCUUCCUGGGUCUGUGAUUCUGUAGGUUCGGGAAGCCCGGAGGAUGUCAGGGUCACCCACAGUGGACCUCCACUCCCCCAUCUGGGAUGAGGUGGCUCCUACACACCCCGACACUCCCCUCCGCACCACCAAUGCCGGCGGCCUUGGCAUCCUAUUCUUUUUUGUUUUGGUUUGGCGGGAGCUCUCAGACCCGCCCAGCCCCACUUAGGCUUCUUUCUCCAAUCUCAAUUUAUGACAUCUGGAAAUUAGCUGGCUUUCCCAACUCCUGUCUUUUGGAUUCAGUGAUGGGAAAGUAAUUGGCAAAGCCUGGGGCUACCCUAUAAGGGCAGGGCUCAGAUACAAUCCGAGAGCAGGACUAAAGCAUGAGGGCGGCCAAGGCGGAAGGGAGUAGGGAAGGAAGCGCCGCGCGUUUCCAAGAUACGCAGGCGGGCUCGGCGAGAGAACACGAAGUAUCUGCCCCACGCAGGAACGGCAAUUUUCCCUUGCUCGCUCCUAGAAAAGCCAGCCAGGAGCUGUGGGAGGAACCGCCCUCAGUAAAGAUGACCGCAGUCACUGUUAUCUAAACGCAAGUGAAGCCGAGUCACAGGACCCGGAUGUUGUCAGUUCGACGGUAAACGACCCUGCCAGCUUCCAAGAGGGCGGCUUCACUGUGCGAAUAGGUGAGAAGCCAAGAAGGAGGCGCGCUGGAGUUACUUCCGCCCGGUUCUCCUUCCCGCAGUCUGCAGCCGGAGUAAGAUGGCGGCGCUGAGGGCUUUGUGCGGCUUUCGGGGCGUCGCGGCCCAGGUGCUGCGGCCUGGGGCUGGAGUCCGAUUGCCGAUUCAGCCCAGCAGAUGUGGACCCUCCAAAGGACACAAUUGUGAAGAACAUGACCCUGAACUUUGGGCCCCAACACCCAGCAGCGCAUGGUGUCCUGCGACUAGUGAUGGAAUUGAGUGGGGAGAUGGUGCGGAAGUGUGAUCCUCACAUCGGGCUCCUGCACCGAGGCACUGAGAAGCUCAUUGAAUACAAGACCUAUCUUCAGGCCCUUCCAUACUUUGACCGGCUAGACUAUGUGUCCAUGAUGUGUAACGAACAGGCCUAUUCUCUAGCUGUGGAGAAGUUGCUAAACAUCCGGCCUCCUCCUCGGGCACAGUGGAUCCGAGUGCUGUUUGGAGAAAUCACACGUUUAUUGAACCACAUCAUGGCUGUGACCACACAUGCCCUGGACCUUGGGGCCAUGACCCCUUUCUUCUGGCUGUUUGAAGAAAGGGAGAAGAUGUUUGAGUUCUACGAGCGAGUGUCUGGAGCCCGAAUGCAUGCUGCUUAUAUCCGGCCAGGAGGAGUGCACCAGGACCUACCCCUUGGGCUUAUGGAUGACAUUUAUCAGUUUUCUAAGAACUUCUCUCUUCGACUUGAUGAGUUGGAGGAGUUGCUGACCAACAAUAGGAUCUGGCGAAAUCGGACAAUUGACAUUGGGGUUGUAACAGCAGAAGAAGCACUUAACUAUGGUUUUAGUGGAGUGAUGCUUCGGGGCUCAGGCAUCCAGUGGGACCUGCGGAAGACCCAGCCCUAUGAUGUUUACGACCAGGUUGAGUUUGAUGUUCCUGUUGGUUCUCGAGGGGAUUGCUAUGAUAGGUACCUGUGCCGGGUGGAGGAGAUGCGCCAGUCCCUGAGAAUUAUCGCACAGUGUCUAAACAAGAUGCCUCCUGGGGAGAUCAAGGUUGAUGAUGCCAAAGUGUCUCCACCUAAGCGAGCAGAGAUGAAGACUUCCAUGGAGUCACUGAUUCAUCACUUUAAGUUGUAUACUGAGGGCUACCAAGUUCCUCCAGGAGCCACAUAUACUGCCAUUGAGGCUCCCAAGGGAGAGUUUGGGGUGUACCUGGUGUCUGAUGGCAGCAGCCGCCCUUAUCGAUGCAAGAUCAAGGCUCCUGGUUUUGCCCAUCUGGCUGGUUUGGACAAGAUGUCUAAGGGACACAUGUUGGCAGAUGUCGUUGCCAUCAUAGGUACCCAAGAUAUUGUAUUUGGAGAAGUAGAUCGGUGAGCAGGGGAGCAGCGUUUGAUCCCCCCUGCCUAUCAGCUUCUUCUGUGGAGCCUGUCCCUCACUGGAAAUUGGCCUCUGUGUGUGUGUGUGUGUGUGUGUGUGUGUGUGUGUAUGUUCAUGUACACUUGGCUGUCAGGCUUUCUGUGCAUGUACUAAAAAAGGAGAAAUUAUAAUAAAUUAGCCGUCUUGCGGCCCCUAGGCCUAAA